AACGCUAGUCUCCGACCCGCACGAAACACGGUUCUGAUUUUUCGAUCUACUACAGAGAGACGUGCCCGUCGUUAAAAAUGUCUGAUGUACAGACGGCUGUGAGGAAGAGGAUUGAGGGGUUGAGUGAGACAGACAAGUGUAACAUUCUUGUCGUAGGGACGGAGCCAGCCACGUUCGUAAACUCGAUGGAAAUGUCGGUGACCGGCAGGUGGCCAAACCUAGGCGUUUCUGGGGGCGGUGUUCAAGACACCACGCGCUGUCUCAACAGAUUUGACAUGUUUCCUCAUAUAGAGGGUCUAUCCGGCAAAGUAGCAUGUUUAGGGUUAAGUCUCGAAGAAAAAGGGGACAUGUCAGCCGCAGAGUUAGAGCAGACGCUUCGUGGCGUCCACACUGAUGUGAAAAUCGACAUGGUGGUUUUCACAUGCCCGAGUAACGAUCAUGUGCCCGUUGAUGUGUUGGAAGGUGUCAAACGAGGCGUGGACAAGACAAAUCGCAACGUUCCAAUAUUCCUGUUUAUGACGAAGCAAAGUAACCGUGCACCUACAAAGCCAAUGAAAGAAAACAUGCAAAAGGCCCAGAAGGAUCUAGACAUAGCAGCAGAAGAUUGUAGGUUUAUUCAGCUGUAUCAAUUCCAAACUCAGGGCUCCGAAGUCAGUCAGAAGACCAUUGACCAACCUUUAUUGAAGUUUUGGGAUAAGAUCCUUAGCGUUAAGGAUAAAGACAAGCAGGAGGAUCCAAAGCAUAGCGUUAAGGAUCAAGACAAGCAGGAGGAUCUAAAGCAUAGUCCACAGUGGACGAGGGAUUUGGUAGAUUUAGGCAUCUCCCGUCAAUUCUGCUACUCUAAGAUUCGCUGA